AAAAAAAAAAAUCAUCAUUUUCAUUUUCAUUUUCAUUUUCAAUCUCUACCUGAAUCUGAGUCAAAAAAAGAAAAAGAAAAAGAAAAAUCUCUAUCUGAAUCUCAAUCUCUGCGCUAUUCCACACUCCAAAAUCAAAAUCCCCAAAAUUCUCUAUAAACCCUAGAUUCACCAACCUCGUGACGCAAGCGAAAAUUUCCAGCUCCAAGGUGAUUCUUGUUGGUGAAAUUGAUGGUUGAAUUUUCAUCUGUGGGGGUUAUUGUGAAGAUUGGAGAGUAGCGAAAUUUCGUGGUGGAAUUGUAGUGGUGGUUUUUCGUUGUUGUUGUUGAGUAUGCAUAGAUCUGGUGCAACGAUGGCUUGGAACGUGUUCAAGUUCUGCACGGCUUUGCGAGGACUUGGUUCGAUUAUGAUUCUGUUGGUUCUUGGUGUUGUUGGGGUUACUUAUUAUGCUGUUGUUAUUACCAAUUAUGUUCCUCUUAUGUAUAAUGGAGGGUUUGAUUGUCUUAUUGCAAUCUUCGUCUUGAUCUUGUUUCAUAGUUUGUUGGUUAUGCUAUUAUGGAGUUAUUUUUCUGUUGUUUUUAUCGAUCCGGGAAGUGUACCUCCAAAUUGGAGGCCUACAAUUGAUGAGGAGAUAGGAGAGGAAGAUCCAUUAGUUGGUGCAGAAUUCAUGAACGCGGUGUCUGAUCCGUCCAAUCAAAGGAUUCGGUACUGCAGGAAGUGCAAUCAGCUCAAGCCGCCUCGAUGCCAUCAUUGUUCAGUUUGUGGGCGAUGUGUACUGAAGAUGGACCACCAUUGUGUGUGGGUAGUUAACUGUGUCGGGGCCCUAAAUUACAAAUAUUUCCUUCUUUUCUUGUUCUACACUUUCCUCGAGACGAGUCUAGUGACUGCAUCCUUACUGCCGCAUUUCAUAGCAUUCUUUAGUGAUGGAGAAAUUCCCGGAACACCUGGCUCUCUUGCUACAACUUUUCUUGCGUUUGUUUUGAAUCUGGCUUUCGCAUUGAGUGUGUUGGGAUUUCUUAUCUUGCACAUAUCAUUGGUGGCUGCUAAUACAACCACUAUUGAGGCAUAUGAGAAGAAAACUACUCCAAAAUGGCGUUACGACCUUGGCCGUCGUAAAAAUUUUGAGCAGGUUUUUGGGAUGGACAAGAAAUACUGGUUCAUUCCUGCUUAUUCAGAAGAAGAUAUACGAAGGAUGCCAGCUCUACAAGGUCUCGAGUAUCCAUCAAAACCCGACUUCGAUUCCCAAUAGUUUAAAAACACAAAGGUCAUAUUUGGUUUAAGUUUAAUGCUUUCAUUUCUAGUUUCACUUUUAAUAACAAAACUUUCCCGGUUUUCAUUCCAUUCAUGGUUGUUUCGAAGACAUGUUUUACUUUUCAUGUACAAAUCUCUAAAACCAAGAAACAAAAUGAACACCGGAAACGUUUUAAAAUAAAAAGUGAACACAAAAAAAUGAAACCAGAAAACAUCUUCUCAAACCAAACAGAAAUGUACACAUUAUGUAACAAAAAACACGCGGACACCGGAACCCUUACUUACAAAUCCGGCUUGUAAGAAAAUCUAAGCUCUGAGCAAUUCAUCUGCACAAACACCUAGUAUGAUUAUGAUUUUUUUGAUUUUUAUAA